UACAAAACAACCUAACCUAACAAUUUUGAUACACCGAUCUUCGAUUAAAUAAUAUUAUAAUUAAUUUUAAAACUAUAAACCUUAAUGACAACGAUAUAACUUUUAACUUUAAAAAUGUUCUUUCGAAGUCUUCAAAAUAUCGGUAGUGCAGCCAUCAAACAAAAACGGUAUAUUCAAUCGAGCAGUACGUUAUUUAGCGAAGAAAGAGAGAAUCCAGUGUGGAGAACGAUCAGAAUAUUAGCCGAAGACUUGCAGUUCAGAAAACGCAAGUAUCCAGUAACACAAGAAGAUUACGAUUUAGUUGUUUCGAGGGAAUUUCCUCGACAUGUGGAUAUUGUAAUAAUAGGCGGUGGUGCAAUUGGCACUUCAAUAGCCUAUUGGAUCAAAAAGUUUACGAACUAUGAUGGAGUGAGCUUGAUUGUCCUAGACAAAGAUCCGACAGGCAAAAAAUGCACAACGGCCAUAUCGAUGGGCGCUAUGAAACAGCAAUACUCGUUGCCGGAGAACGUGGAAAUGGCCUGUUUCGGUGCCGAAUUCCUGAGGCAUUUCAAAAAGGAAUUCGGUGCCGAAGCAGAAAUAAAUUUAAAUCCUGCUGGAUAUUUGCAAUUGGCCAGCGAGGAAGGAGCCCAAUCAUUAAUCGAUAGCCUGAAAUUACAGAGCGAAUUCGACACCAGAUCAGUCCCCCUUAGCCCUGAAGAAAUAAAGCAAAAGUUUCCCUACAUAGAUGUAUCAGACAUAGCUGUUGGUAGUUUAAGUGCCGAAAAGCAAGGUUGGUUUAAUGCCUGGGAGGUUCUCACACAUUUAAGAAAAAAAGCUGCCAAAAUUGGAGCGCAGUUCUAUACUGCCGAGGCCGUAGAUUUCGUCGCUGAAAAGAGAAGUGAUAUCGUUAUUGAGGGCAUGCCACCCGGUUCUUAUCAAACUGUAAAUAAUCUUAAUGUUAAGCUGAUGAAUGAAACUAAAAUUAGAACGGUGCAGUUCUCGCAUUGUAUAAUCGCAGCAGGUCACGAAUCUGUGAAUAUUGCUAAAACUCUGGGAAUAGGUGUGGCGCCUGGAAUGUUGUCAGUUCCUUUACCCAUUGAAAAAAGAAAACGAUUCGUAUAUAGUUUUACAAGCGCUAGUCAUACUCCAGGUGUAAAUAGCCCAAUGAUUGAAGAUUUCACUGGAUUGAGUAUUAGAAGAGAAGGUUUCGGGGGUAUGUUUCUAGUAGGGGCAGCUCCUCAUCCCGAUGUUGCACCACCUAGUGAUAGUGAAGAGGAUAAAACGGCCUUUUUCAAUGAUGUUAUUUUACCCCGUUUGUCGGCAAGAAUUCCAUCAUUCAAGGACGCUAAGUUAACUGGAUCUUGGUCUGGUGAUUACGAGUUUAACUACUACGAUGGAAAUGGUAUUAUGGGAGCGCAUCCUUACUACAUGAACAUUCAUUUUGCGACAGGAUUUAGCGAUCAAGGAAUCCAGCAGGCGCCAGCUGUUGGAAGAGGUGUAGCCGAAUUAAUAUUAGACGGUGGUUUCCAGACUAUCGACCUUACUCGAUUAGGUUUCAAUAGAUUCAUCGUCGAGAAGCCCAUGUUUCAAGUUAAAGUUUCAUAACAAUUUUAUUUGUGUUGAUUAAUAUAUUUAUUUUGCGUUAGAUAUAAAAUUUAUACGAAAUAAAU